AGUCACCAAUUUCAUCUCAGGAAAGAGUACUGAAAAUAUUAGUUUUUAGUUGGCCUCUUGUUCCACUCGUGCUAGCUAGCUACUGUGUGUCCAGUGCAUUUCAGAGCUUAGUAUUGCAGAUGGCAGAAAAUGGUCACAAAGACCUUGAUGAGAAGCACCUUCUGCUUCUCCAAGACCACGAGGAGAAGCACUUCAUGUCAAGUGAGAUUGUCCGUGACAUCAUUCUCGGUGUUUCGGAUGGCCUCACCGUCCCCUUCGCUCUUGCGGCAGGUUUAUCCGGCGCCGAUGUUCCGUCUUCCAUUAUACUCAUUGCUGGAAUUGCUGAAGUUGCUGCUGGUGCCAUAUCUAUGGGGCUUGGCGGGUAUCUUGCAGCAAAGAGUGAAGCUGACCACUAUUCCAGGGAACUAAAGAGAGAGCAAGAAGAGAUCAUUGAUGUUCCUGAUAUAGAAGCCGCCGAAUGUGCAGAAAUAUUAGCACAAUACGGGGUCGAACCUCAUGAAUAUGAACCUGUGAUUAAUGCUUUAAGGAGGAACCCUCAAGCUUGGGUUGACUUUAUGAUGAAGUUUGAGCUGGGACUGGAGAAACCAGAUCCAAUGAGAGCACUGCAGAGUGCCCUAAUUAUAGCCAUUUCGUAUAUACUGGGUGGAUCGGUGCCCCUAAUACCAUACUUGUUAAUCCCAGUUGCUACGAAGGCUCUUCUUGUAUCUAUUGCUUUAACCUUGGGGGCAUUGCUAUUUUUUGGUCUUGUUAAGGGUUAUUUUACGGGCAAUCAACCCUUCAUAAGCGCCUUCCAAACUGCCCUCAUCGGAGCCAUUGCAUCCGCAGCUGCUUAUUCCAUUGCCAAGCUUUUCCAGCGAGCAUAGUAGUACUGCAUGCAUAUAUGCACCAUGAUCCUCAUCAUCGUCUAACAAACUAGUUUACUUCUUCUUCUCUUUUUUAUUUUUUCCUUUGAAGUUCUUUUCUAUUUCUUUUGUUUGGAUUGGAGUUUUCUGAUUGGAAAUGGUUUGUAUGCCCUUUUAUAUGAUAUUUAGGCAGUCGGGCUAAUUUAUCGAUCCAUAUGUUUCCAUAUAUCUUCUUGUAUAAUAUCUAUAUAUAAUUGCUGG